GUCCAACCUGUAAUAGUUAUAUCUUGAAUCCUCCAAUUACUGGGUCUCACAUACUUUUAUUUUUGGUUUCAGACCACAAAAUCUCAGAAUCACAAUGACAUUCAACAAAACAAACUCAGUAAGAUUCUCAAAACCCACAUCAAUUCUCCCAUAUGAAACCAAAAACGUCAAUGAUCUUUACACACUAGGCAAAAAACUCGGCCAAGGCCAAUAUGGAACAACAUACCUUUGCACAGAGAACUCCACAGGAGAUAAAUAUGCCUGCAAAUCAAUCCCAAAGAGGAAGCUUCUGUGUAGAGAAGAUUGCGAUGAUGUUUGGAAUGAGAUACAGAUAAUGCAUCACUUAGUUGAACACCCAAAUGUAGUAAGCAUUAAAGGUACUUAUGAAGAUUCAAGUAAUGUUCAUUUGGUUAUGGAGUUGUGUGAAGGUGGUGAGCUUUUCGAUCGAAUUGUUCAGAGAGGACAGUAUAGUGAAAGAGAAGCUGCUCGUUUGAUGAAGACUAUUAUUGGUGUUGUUGAAGCUUGUCAUUCAUUGGGUGUUAUUCAUAGAGAUCUUAAGCCUGAGAAUUUCUUGUUUGAGAGUACUGUUGAGGAUUCUGCACUUAAAGCUACUGAUUUUGGUCUUUCUGUGUUUUAUCAGCCUGGUGAUACUUUCAGUGAUGUGGUUGGGAGUCCUUACUAUGUUGCACCAGAAGUAUUGAACAAACUCUAUGGCCCAGAAGCAGAUGUUUGGAGUGCAGGUGUUAUAUUGUACAUCUUACUCAGUGGAGUUCCACCUUUUUGGGCAGAAACUGAUGCAGGAAUAUUCAGGCAAAUAUUGAAAGGAAAGCUUGAUUUUGAGACACGGCCAUGGCCAACUAUUUCUGAGGGUGCAAAAGAUUUGAUAAGAAAGAUGCUUGAAAGAGAUCCCAAAGCGAGGCUCACAGCCUAUCAAGUGCUUAGUCAUCCGUGGAUUGUUGAUGACUCAAAAGUGCCUGACAAGCCUCUUGAUUCAGCUGUUUUGUCGCGCCUCAAGCACUUUUCAGCCAUGAACAAGCUGAAGAAGAUGGCCUGCCGGGUCAUAGCUGAGAGACUCUCUGAAGAAGAAAUUGGCGGGUUGAAGGAACUCUUUAAAAAGAUAGACAAAGACAACAGUGGAACUAUAACAUUUGAUGAGCUGAAAGUUGGCUUAUUACGGGUUGACUCAAAGAUAAAGGAAACUGAAAUCGAGGAUCUCAUGCAUGCAGCAGAUGUGGAUGACAACGGAACCAUAGACUAUGGAGAAUUUGUUGCUGCUACCCUUCACCUGAAUAAGUUGGAGAGAGAGGAGAACUUGGCAUCUGCAUUCGCAUACUUUGACAAAGAUGGCAGUGGUUAUAUAACCAUUGAUGAACUCCAACAAGCCUGCAUCGAACUUGGCCUCAACGAUCAUCACCUAGAAGAAAUGAUCAAGGAGAUUGAUCAAGAUAAUGAUGGACAAAUAGAUUAUGCAGAAUUCGUUGCAAUGAUGAGGAUGGGUAAUGGAGGAGGCGGGAGGAGAACGAUGAGAAGCAUUAUUAAUUGGGAAGAUGCUCCUGAAUUUCUUCAGGAUUCAUAAAUAAGAACUUAGCUGAAUUGGAAAUUAGCGCUUUCUCUUUGUCAUUAGAUUCAUCACAGAAAUUAACUGAAACUAACAAAGGGAUCUUUCACUCUUUCAGUCUGUUGAAGAUUCCUGUUUUUUGCAGUUUCAUUUCCAGUAUCUUUAUACACCAUUUUUAUUGCCAGUCCUGAA